UGUGAACAGCGUAUAUUGUUUUACCCUUCCUCUUCUUAUAUAGUCAUCAAAUUCCUUCUGCACUCACAUAUAAAAGAAUAAAGCAAAGCAUCUUCUGCCCUCUAAAUUUUACUUGUAAACAUUGAGUGUCACACCUAUUUUAUUUUGUUCUUUCUCCAAUUGGAUCAAGUAAUGAACUUUUCGAACAUUGGGAUGAACCCUUCUCAAGUAAGGAAUCUACAUUUUAUUACCUUCAAAAAUUCAUCAUCAAUCUUGUUAUCUAUCUCACCUUAGUUUACACUCAUUCUUUCCCAUCCCACCUCAGUUUCAAUUUUCUCAACAACAAUAAUCAUCUCAAACUUCUGCUUCAGUUCUGAUUACAUUCAUCUGUGAAGUAGCUCAUACUACAUUAACAAUUAAUGUGCUAGAGUGUUCUGAAUGUUAUAGUUGAAAAGGGUAAUCUAAAGCAUGAUCCUCCCACCACUGUGCCUAGUGUUGUUCUAAGAAACUCAUCAAGAAGAACAUUUAUUUCUGAAGCAAUUGCAGGAAAUCAUGAGUUUGUUAUCAUGGCCUUCUAGCCACUCAUGGCAACCCACCAAGAGUUUAGACACCACUGCCUUAAGUUAUUGGUUGAAUUGGAGGUUCUUAUUUUGUGCUCUAUGGAUUUUAGGAUCCAUGGCUCUAGCAUUUUUCUUGAUAUUCAAGUAUGAAGGAUUCAAUAAAUCAAGAUCAAACAGUGGAGAAAGUGAAGGAGAAGAAGCUGAAUUGUUACAUGAGGAUGAGGCAUGGAAUACCUGUCUCAUAGGAAUUGAUCCUUCAUGGCUGCUAAUUUAUAGAGUAAUUUGUUUUAUUGUGCUUUUGGCUUUGGUCAUUGCCAGUGUUGCUGCAGAUGGAGCAGUCAUAUUUUACUUCUACACUCAAUGGACCUUUACAUUGGUGACUAUUUACUUUGGGCUUGGAUCAUAUUUCUCCUUAUAUGGAUGUUCCCUGAAACAAGAUAAAAUCACAGUGAAUGAUGCAGAAGUUGGCAUUGCUACCCAUGAUAGAAAAAUUGCUUCUUUAUGGGGUUACGUUUUUCAAAUUAUAUUUCAGACUUGUGCAGGUGCUGUAGUGUUAACGGAUUCAGUGUUCUGGUUCAUCAUUUAUCCUCGUCUGAGCUCCAACAAAGAUUAUAGUGUUGAUUUUUUGGUUUUCUGUAUGCACUCAAUUAAUGCGCUUUUCCUCCUCGGCGACACGUCAUUGAAUUGCAUGAGAUUUCCAAUGUUUCGAUUUGCAUAUUUUGUGUUGUGGACGGCUACUUUUGUGAUUUUUCAGUGGAUCAUUCACGUUUGCGUUUCACUUUGGUGGCCUUAUCCUUUUCUUGAUCUAUCCUCUCCCUAUGCACCCUUAUGGUACUUGGCUGUGGCUUUGAUGCACUUUCCAUGCUAUGGCUUCUUUGUUUUAAUAAUAAGGAUGAAGCACUUGUGGCUAUCAAGAUCAUUUCCUGCCUCUUCCCGCUUUGUUAGGUGAAAUAAGUGCUACCAUUUUGCCAAGCAAGAGUGAUUUUGAUUAUUCCAAUUUCUAUGUAAAUUCAUCCCUACCAUUCUAACCCUGUACUUUAAUAAUGUGUUUGACAACUAGAAGCCGCUUUUUAUAGCUUCUACAAUCUUUUAUAUUAUAGCUUUU